GACGCCAUUGUUCGAAACAGUCCACCACUGGUAGCAUUAUAUAAAGAAGUAUCUAACAUGGCGUCUACGAGCCGGUUUGUAUAUAAUCUAUUCCAAACUGUGUUCUUUGUGUUUUGCAUUAUUAUGUUUUCAUGUAGGGUACAGUUAUUGAACAAAGGGUGGGGGGUGGCGAUCAACACCUAGAGACGUUUGUUUCUAACGCGACUCUCCGGUGUUUUUCAUCAUAGCCGCCGGAAUGUCCAUACUAGUUCACCUUAACUAACGUUAGCCUACCAGAAAAUACUAUCAAAUCACAGUUUGACACAUUGUAUAGAUCGUAUAUCAUGUUAACUUGAUCGUGUUGCUCGUGUGCAUCCGAGGUCGAGGACGAUGUAGAACAACAUGAAUGAUGUAUAUAUCUUCCAAAUCAUGACGCACAUGCGACUGUGAAUGACCGAUGUAACGUUUUUAAAAGGGAUGGGUGAUGUCGCACGGUGAUGUUAUCGGGCGAUCUCAGCUGGCUAACUCCAAUUACACUAGCUAACGUUAGUUAAUAUAUUUUUACAGUAGCCGAGUGUCAACGCAUGACACCUUGACAGUGAUCUAAUCAUUACAAGUUAUUAAUCCAUUGAUAAUAGUUAUAAGGACACGGCAAGUUGAUUUGGUUAUUUUACCAACUAACUAACUUAAAAUAAAUAGCUUGUUUUCGCUUGCCUAAACGAAGAGAAACCGAAUGUUAACGUACCCGUGUCAAAGGAAACAGACAGGGGAUUGGAAGAAUACUUUUAGUGCCAGAAUUUCGGCUAGUUAGCUAUAUGGGGUAUGUGUCGGUUUUGGUAUUAACGUUAUAGAAUCGAAUUGGUGUCGAAGAUAAUUUCCAAAACGCAGGAUGCCCAUUUUAUGGGUCCCGUGGUCCCACGAAGGACCGUUUCGAUGCGCUUUUUGGCCACAUCAGCAUAAUUUCGGUUGGAAAUUCGUCUGGGUACAAGUAAACACACAAUCUUUGUGGUGGCUUCUGCACCACUAGCUAGGUUUGCAGUACUUCCCAGUCCAGUUAUAUUAUAUUAUAUUAUGAUUAUGUUAUAUUAUAUAUAUAUAUAUAAUGGCGGUGAUUGCUUGUGAAAAGUUAAAACAUUGUAACUUGUAAUUUUCAGAAGUGCCUUUUUGUUUUAAUAAUCUUAAAGGUAGCUAACUAUGUUCCUAAUAUUUCUCUGAUCAAGGGGAAGACUGACAUGUUUCAUAAUUUGUGCAAAAUUUGAACAAAGGCCUGUAAGAUUUCCCUGUCAUUAUCAUCAUUUGCCAAUUCAAAUCUCACAGUAAACAAUCGGCUUUAACCGAAGUUCACUGAAGUGUGUAGAGUAAGUGAACUAAUACCACAAACUUGACAGUAAACCAGCUUUAUGGAGAUAAGUACAGUCACAUUCAAUUCUGGGGUAACUCUCACUAGGCAGGGUCAGAGCUUAGAGGUCACUGUCGGCUGACCUCUGGGAUUUCUUCUUUACUUGCAGUGGAGACGUCCUUGCCCUUCCCAAGGUGCAGUGCCCCAACCACCCAGACGCCAUGCUGGUGGAAGACUACAGAGCAGGGGACAUGAUCUGCCCCGAGUGUGGCCUUGUAGUGGGUGAGGGAUAGAGCACGCACAGCUUUGUAUUACUAUACUUGAGGACUUUUUACCCUAAACCGAACCCUAAUUCUAACCCAACCUUAAACCUAACCCCUAAGCCUAAAAUAGCCUUUUUUAGACGUUAGGACCGGCCAAAUGUUCUCACUACUCUGAAUUGGCUUUGGUUUACCAUUGUUGUAAACCAAGGCCAAUUGUCAACAGACUGACACAAAGCCUUAUCUGUAGGGAGGAGAAGUCUUUGCAGUAGGUAAAUAGCGUAACAUAACAUAAACCGACAUAGGCCUGCUGGCCCUACACUUCUAUAGACACGUACUCAAAAUACUAACCUCUAGUUCAGAGGGAGUGAUGUGACAGUGUUUGUGCUGGUAUUAUGUGACUCGAGCAGUGAUGUCAUGUCAGACCUGCCACAUAGUUGGAGUGCAUAAUAAUAUGUAACAUGAUACCAUGAAAUUCUAGAAAUGACAACAUCCUCUCAAAGAUGCAAUAGAAUCAAAUCUGUCCACACCUUCCUUAGACUUCCUUGGAAAGCCACGGUAGUUAGAGCAACGGAUUGCAUUACAAGGCUCUAUCUGAACGUAACAUAGCAGGUCUCCCAUAAUGAGUCCCAUAGGAAACACUUAGCUAAUCAUAUAUAGUGGGUAAGUGGGCCGAUUCAGUAAUGCUAGAUUGUAUCCCAUAGCUUUGCCAUAAGCAGAUUAACGUCAUAUUAGUGCUCGAUAUUAGCGUGAUUUAUGUAUGGAAAGGGUUUAUGGGAUUAAGGCGAAGAAUCUAAUCCCUGACCCUGCUAGUUUCCAGGAAGAGACGAUAAACGAGAAAAAAUAUUGGACAAAGGAAAGUCUCACUCAGGAACUGGACAAUGACGCCAUCUUGUGGCCUGGUCUGGGAAGUGCAGGGUGUAAUCAAAUCUGUGACCAGAACAAUGGGGAGAUUAGCCACGUUUGGUUGAUUGUGUCCUGGUUGUAUCAUUAGACCAAGUGGUGGCCAGGGUCCCACUGACACGCAAUACUGCUUCCUUCCCUAAUAUCGUAUUUCCUCAUCUCCUUUUGUCCACGCUCUGUCAUAGCCGGCCGCGACCGGGAGACCCAUGGGGCGGCGCACAAUUGGCCCAGCGUCGUCCAGGGUAGGGGAGGGAAUGGCCGGCAGGGAUGUAGCUCAGUUGGUAGAGCAUGGCGUUUGCAACGCCAGGGUUGUGGGUUCGUUUCCCACGGGGGACAAGUAUGAAAUAAAAAAAAUAUAAUGUAUGCACUCACUAACUGUAAGUCGCUCUGGAUAAGAGCGUCUGCUAAAUGACUAAAAUGUAAAUGUCACAAAAGGAAGGACUCACUUGGUGUAAGCAUUAUACUAUGAUGGUGAAAUCAAUACAGUGGGUGCUUGAUGUUAAUCACAUUCAUGUCAGUGCUCACUGCUCAAGGAGACGAAGUAGAGUAAAUUACACAAGGAAAGGAAGAGGUUUGAACGUAUUGUAGCGUGGCCCCAUGCGGUAAUGUGACUGGUUCCUCCUCAGGUGACAGGGUGAUUGAUGUGGGUUCAGAGUGGAGGACCUUCACCAACGAGAAAGACACCAAAGACCCGUCCAGAGUGGGCGACGCCCAGAAUCCACUCCUCAACGGGGGAGACUUGACCACCAUGAUCAGCAAGGUAAGUACACAAAGUUAUCACUUACAGGGAAAGCUGCUCUAAAACUAUUUUAAUGUUUGUGAUCUGUGGCUAGAUGUUGAUGCAUGACAAGAGAAGGACCACAUCUAAAUGUGGCCCAGGGAGCCAGACAAAGAAAUGCAAUGACAAGAAAAUGUCUGCUCCCCUUUGUGUGUGACAUGGUCAUCAUCAGGUACCACAAGUUCCUCUGGUCUCCAUAAAAUAGACUUCAUUGUCAUAAGAUGUGUUGGUAGUAAAUGGGUUAUGCUAAUAAAAGGAUCAGACAUUGCAUAUGUGUUUUUAAAAAAAUAAUUAUAAUAGCAUUUUUGUAUGGUUGUAUUUCUCAUGAUAGUGUCUUGUUGUAUUUGUAUCAUUCAUUCCUUGUUAUGUAGCUUGUAUUUUCUGCUACAUCUUUUGUGUGAAGCAGGGCUCCUUGAAAAUGGGACUUCCCUGUGAAAAACAAAGGUUAAAUAAAAAGUAUUUAUUACCACUAUUGGUUCCAACCAUUCUGUUGUCACCAUAGGGAACAGGCGCGGCGAGUUUUGACGAGUUCGGCAACUCCAAAUACCAGAACCGGCGGACCAUGAGCAGUUCAGACCGCGCCAUGCUAAACGCCUUCAAAGAGAUUACCACCAUGGCCGACCGGAUCAACCUACCAAGGAACAUCAUAGUUAGUUCUGUUCUCUCUUCCAUUUGUUUAGCUUUGUGGAACCUAGUAGCUAGCUAGCUAACUGCUAAUUUCUACCUACAGUGCCUUGCAAAAGUAUUCAUCCCCCAUGCCGUUUUUCCUAUUUUGUUGCAUUACAACCUGUAAUUUUAAAUUGAUUUUUAUUUGGAUUUAAUGUAAUGGACAUACACAAAAUAGUCCAAAUUGGUGAAGUGAAAUUACAAAAAUUACUUUUUUCAAAAGAUUCUAAAAAAUUAAUAACGCAAAAGUGGUGCGUGCAUAUGUAUUCACCCCCUUUGCUAUGAAGCCCCUAAAUAAGAUCUGGUGCAACCAAUUACCUUCAAUAAUUAGUUAAAUAAAGUCCACCUGUGUGCAAUCUAAGUGUCACAUGAUCUGUCACAUGAUCUCAGUAAAUAUACACCUGUUCUGAAAGGCCCCAGAGUCUGCAACACCACUAAGCAAGGGGCACCACCAAGCAAGCGGCACCAUGAAGACCAAGGAGUUCUCCAAACAGGUCAGGGCCAAAGUUGUGGAGAAGUACAGAUCAGGGUUGGGUUAUAAAAAAAUAUCAGAAACUUUGAACAUCCCACGGAGCACCAUUAAAUCCAUUAUUAAAAAAUUGAAAGAAUAUGGCACCACAACAAACCUGCCAAGAGAGGGCCUCCCACCAAAACUCACGGACCAGGCAAGGAGGGCAUUAAUCAGAGCAAACAAAGAGACCAAAGAUAACCCUGAAGGAGCUGCAAAGCUCCACAGCAGAGAUUGGAGUAUUUGUCCAUAGGACCACUUUAAGCCGUACACUCCACAGAGCUGGGCUUUACGGAAGAGUGGCCAGAAAAAAGCCAUUGCUUAAAGAAACAAAUAAGCAAACACAUUUGGUGUUCGCCAAAAGGCAUGUGGGAGACUCCCCAAACAUAUGGAAGAAGGUACUCUGGUCAGAUGAGACUAAAAUUGAGCUUUUUUGUCAUCAAGGAAAACGCUAUGUCUGGCGCAAACCCAACACCUCUCUUCACCCCGAGAACACCAUGCAUGGUGGUGGCAGCAUCAUGCUGUGGGGAUGUUUUUCAUCGGCAGGGACUGGGAAACUGGUCAGAAUUGAAGGAAUGAUGGAUGGCGCUAAAUACAGGGAAAUUCUUGAGGGAAACCUGUGUCUUCCAGAGAUAUGAGAAUGGGACGGAGGUUCACCUUCCAGCAGGACAAUGACCCUAAGCAUACUGCUAAAGCAACACUCGAGUGGUUUAAGGGGAAAAAUUUAAAUGUCUUGGAAUGGCCUAGUCAAAGCCCAGAUCUCAAUCCAAUUGAGAAUCUGUGGUAUGACUUAAAGAUUGCUGUACACCAGCAGAACCCAUCCAACUUGAAGGAGCUGGAGCAGUUUUGCCUUGAUGAAUGGGCAAAAAUCCCAGUGGCUAGAUGUGCCAAGCUUAUAGAGACAUACCCCAAGAGACUUGCAGCUGCAAUUGCUGCAAAAGGUGGCUCUACAAAGUAUUGACUUUGGGGGGGGGGGGGAUAGUUAUGCACGCUCAAUUUUUGUUUUUUUUGUCUAGCUUCACACACAAAAAUAUUUUGCAUCUUCAAAGUGGUAGGCAUGUUGUGUAAAUCAAAUGAUACAAACCCCCAAAAAAUCCAUUUUAAUUCCAGGUUGUAAGGCAACAAAAUAGGAAAAAUGCCAAGGGGGGUGAAUAUAAGCCACUGUACAUGGAUUCAUAUAUUUCCAAAACUCAAGUUAUUUAGCAGGUUACUCUAAAUAUGGGGUUUUCUCUUAAAGGUGCAAUACGCAGAAAUCGCUCUGCCAUUUCCUGGUUGCUAAAAUUCGAAUAGUUCGCCUAAUUUCAGUUUAUCUGACAAAUCAAGCAAUGCAUAGUUUAGAGAACAAAAAACGAGACUUGAGAACAAGAAGCAUAGACACAGAACAGAUCUACUACUGUUCUUAGACUUGCUUUGAAUGAGAAUGACAGAUCUAUAACUCACAUUUCUAAGUGAAUUUGGUUGGGUUGACCAAAAAGGUACAUAUUGCAGCUUUAACCAAAUUAUAGUAAUGUCUGCAGCAUUUUAAGAGAUUUUGCGCUGAGCUGAAUGUUGUCCUGAAUGUUGUCCUGCAGGACCGAACAAAUAACUUAUUUAAGCAAGUGUACGAACAGAAGAGCCUGAAGGGGCGGGCCAACGAUGCCAUCGCAUCAGCCUGCCUGUACAUCGCCUGCAGACAAGAGGGUGUGCCUCGGACAUUUAAAGGUGAGCUCCUAUAAAUACGAUGUUUAGAGCUCAUAUUAGGAUGAAACAAUGUUUCACACAACACCUUGGAAUGAGUGUCUGUUGCUACAAAUUUAAAACCAAGACUUCAUGGUUAUAAUAUAUUCCUGGGUUGCGUUCAUUAGGCACCAAACGGAAGAAAAUUGUCAAACAAGGAGGGCUACUACCUGGACAGGUCCAAUUAGAAACCCUUAUUUUCAUCUUGCGUUUAAAAAAAUGUUCUCUGUUGCAUGCCUUAUUAAAAUGAUCCUGAUGGUGUAUCACUAAUGACUCCCUUGUCAUCCAUCCCCCGCAGAGAUCUGCGCCGUGUCCCGCAUCUCCAAGAAGGAGAUUGGCCGCUGCUUCAAGCUGAUCCUCAAGGCCCUGGAGACCAGCGUGGACCUCAUCACCACCGGAGACUUCAUGUCCCGCUUCUGCUCCAACCUGGGCCUGCCCAAGCAGGUGCAGAUGGCGGCCACCUACAUCGCCCGGAAGGCAGUGGAGCUGGACCUGGUGCCUGGCAGGAGCCCCAUCUCCGUGGCCGCCGCCGCCAUCUACAUGGCCUCCCAGGCCUCUGCCGAGAAGAAGACCCAGAAAGGUGAGGUGGGGGAUUGUGGGAGAUACAGUGGGGGGAAAAAAGUAUUUGAUCCCCUGCUGAUUUUGUACGUUUGCCCACUGACAAAGACAUGAUCAGUCUAUCAUUUUAAUGGUAGGUUUAUUUGAACAGUGAGAGACAGAAUAACAACAAAAUAAUCCAGAAAAACGCAUGUAAAAAAUGUUAUAAAUUGAUUUGCAUUUUAAUGAGGGAAAUAAGUAUUUGACCCCUCUGCAAAACAUGACUUAGUACUUGGUGGCAAAACCCUUGUUUGCUAUCACAGAGGUCAGAUGUUUCUUGUAGUUGGCCACCAGGUUUGCACACAUCUCAGGAGGGAUUUUGUUCCACUCCUUUUUGCAGAUCUUCUCCAAGUCAUUAAGGUUUUGAGGCUGACGUUUGGCAACUCGAACAUUCAGCUCCCUCCACAGAUUUUCUAUGGGAUUAAGGUCUGGAGACUGGCUAGGCCACUCCAGGACCUUAAUGUGCUUCUUCUUGAGCCACUCCUUUGUUGCCUUGGCCGUGUGUUUUGGGUCAUUGUCAUGCUGGAAUACCCAUCUACGACCCAUUUUCAAUGCCCUGGCUGAGGGAAGGAGGUUCUCACCCAAGAUUUGACGGUACAUGGCCCAGUCCAUCGUCCCUUUGAUGCGGUGAAGUUGUCCUGUCCCCUUAGCAGAAAAACACCCCCAAAGCAUGAUGUUUCCACCUCCAUAUUUGACGGUGGGGAUGGUGUUCUUGGGGUCAUAGGCAGCAUUCCUCCUCCUCCAAACACGGCGUGUUGAGUUGAUGCCAAAGAGCUCGAUUUUGGUCUCAUCUGACCACAACACUUUCACCCAGUUCUCCUCUGAAUCAUUCAGAUGUUCAUUGGCAAACUUCAGACAGCCCUGUAUAUGUGCUUUCUUGAGCAGGGGGACCUUGCGGGCGCUGCAGGAUUUCAGUCCUUCACGGUGUAGGUUGUUACCAAUUGUUUUCUUGGUGACUAUGGUCCCAGCUGCCUUGAUCAUUGACAAGAUUCUCCCGUGUAGUUCUGGGCUGAUUCCUCACCGUUCUCAUGAUCAUUGCAACUCCAUGAGGUGAGAUCUUGCAUGGAGCCCCAGACCGAGGGAGAUUGACAGUUCUUUUGUGUUUCUUCCAUUUGCGAAUAAUCGUACCAACUGUUCACCUUCUCACCAAGCUGCUUGGCGAUGGUCUUGUAGCCUAUUCCAGCCUUGUGUAGGUCUACAGUCUUGUCCCUGACAUCCUUGGAGAGCUCUUUGGUCUUGGCCAUGGUGAAGAGUUUGGAAUCUGAUUGAUUGAUUGCUUCUGUGGACAGGUGUCUUUUAUACAGGUAACAAACUGAGAUUAGGAGCACUCCCUUUAAGAGUGUGCUCCUAUUCUCAGCUCGUUGCCUGUAUAAAAGACACCUGGGAGCCAGAAAUCUUUCUGAUUGAGAAGGGGUCAAAUACUUAUUUCCCUCAUUAAAAUGCAAAUCAAUUUAUAACAUUCUUUACAUUCGUCUUUCUGGAUUUCUUUGUUGUUAUUGUCUCUCACUGUUCAAAUAAACCUACCAUUAAAAUUAUAGACUGAUAAUUUAUUUGUCAGUGGGCAAACGUACAAAAUCAGCAGGGGAUCAAAUACUUUUUUCCCCUCACUGUAGUGGUGGUUGAUUGUCUUUUUGAGGUGGUCAUCACUUAAAGUUCUUUAUUGGCUGAAUCUGAACUACACUACAUGACCAGAAGUAUGUGGACACCUGCUCGUCGAACAUCUCAUUCCAAAAUCAUGGGCAUUAAUAUGCAGUUGGUCCCACCUUUGCUGAUAUCAAAGCCUCCACUCUUCAGGGAAGGCUUUCCACUAGAUGUUGGGACAUUGCUGCGGGGACUUGCUUCUAUUCAGCCACAAGAGCAUUAGUGAUAUCGGGCAUUGAUGUUGGGCGAUUAGGCCUGGCUCACAGUCGGCGUUCCAAUUCAUCCCAAAGGUGUUCGAUGGGGUUGAGGUCAGGGCUCUGUGCAGGCCAGUCAAGUUCUUCCACACUGAUCUCAACAAACCAUUUCUGUAUGGACCUUGCUUUGUGCACAGGGGCAUUGUCAUGCUGAAACAGGAAAGGGCCUUCCCCAAACUGUUGCCACAAAGUUGGAAGCACAGAAUCGUCUAGAAUGUAAUUGUAUGCUGUAGCGUUAAGAUUUCCCUUCACUGGAACUAAGGGGCCUAGCCCGAACCAUGAAAAACAGCCCCAGACCGUUAUUCCUCCUCCACCAAACUUUACAGUUGGCAGUAUGCUUUCGGGCAGGUAGCGUUCUCCUGGCAUCCGCCAAACCCAGAUUCGUCCAUCGGACUGCCAGUUGGUGAAGCGUUAUUCAUCACUCCAGAGAACUCGUUUCCACUGCUCCAGAGUCCAAUGGCGGCAAGCUUUACACCACUCCAGCUGAUGCUUAGCAUUGCGCACAGUGAUCUUAGGCUUGUUUGCAGCUGCUUGGCCAUGGAAACCCAUUUCAUGAAGCUCCCAAUGAACAGUUCUUGUGCUGGCUUUGCUUCCGGAGGCAGUUUGGAACUCGGUAGUGAGUAUUGCAACCGAGGACAGACCAUUUUUACGCGCUUCAGCACUCAGUGGUCCAGUUCUGUGAACUUGUGUGGCCUACCACUUCGCGGCUGAGCCAUUGUUGCUCCUAGACGUUUCCACUUCAAAAUAACAGCACUUCCAGUUGACCGGGGCAGCUCUAGCAGGGCAGAAAUUUGAGGAACUGACUUGUUGGAAAGGUGGAAUCCUAUGACAGUGCCGUGUUGAAAGUCACUGAGCUCUUCAGUAAGGCCAUUCUACUGCCAAUGUUUGUCUAUGGAGAUUGCAAUGGCUGUGUGCUCGAUUUUAUACACCUGUCAGCAACGGGUGUGGCUGAAAUAGCCAAAUCCACUAGUAUGAAGGGGUGUCCACAUACAUUUUCACAGCACUCUAUAUCCAAAGUAUUUGCCCCCUUUCAAAUUGUAUCUACUUUUGCAUAUUUUUGAUACUGAAUGUUAUCAGAUCUUCAACCAAAACCUAAAAUUAGAUAAAGGGAACCUGAGUGAACAAAUAACACAACAAUUACGUAAUUUAUUUAACAAAGUUAUGCAACACCCAAUGCCCCUGUGUGAAAUAGUAAUUGCCCCCUUACACUCAAUAACUGGUUGUGCCACAUUUAGCUGCAAUGACUCCAACCAAACACUUCCUGUAGUUGUUGAUCAGACUCUCGCCUUGCUGUGGAGGAAUUUUGGCCCACUCUUCCAUACAGAACUGCGACAUUUGUGGGUUUUCAAGCAUGAACUGCUCGUUUCAAGUCCUGCCACAACAUCUCAAUUGGGAUUAGGUCUGGACUUUGGCUAGCCCAUUCCAAAAUUUAUAAUUUGUUGCUUUUUAGCCAUUUUCAUGUAGACUUGAUUGUGUGUUUUGGAUCAUUGUCUUGCUGCAUGACCCAGCUGCGCUUCAGCUCACAGGCCUGAUAUUCUCCUGUAGAAUUCUCUGAUACAGAGCAGAAUUCAUGGUUCCUUCUAUUAAGGCAAGUUGUCCAGGUCCUGAGGCAGCAAAGCAUCCCCAAACCAUCACACCACCACCACCAUGCUUGACCUUUGGUAUGAUGUUCUUACUGUGGAAUGCAGUGUUUGGUUUUCACCAGGCAUAAUGGGACCCAUGUCAUCUAAAAAGUUAUACUUUUGAAUCAUCUGUCCAUAGAACAUUUUUCCAAGAGUCUUGAUGAUCAUCCAGGUGCUUCCAGGUACUUUUUGGCAAACUUGAGUCAACUUUUUGAGAUGUGGCAGGACUUGAAACAAGCAGUUCAUGCUUGAAAAGCAACAAAUGUCGCUGAGUUAAAGCAGUUCUGCAUGCAAGAGUUGGCCAACAUUCCUCCACAGUGACAUGAGAGACUGAUCAACAACUACAGGAAGCAUUUGGUUGCAGUCAUUGCAGCUCAAGGUGGCACAACCAGUUAUUGAGUGUAAGGGGGUCAUUACUAUUUCACACAGGGGCAUUGGGUGUUGCAUAACUUAAAUAAAUAAAACAUUUUGUAUUUGUAAACUCAGGUUCCCUUUAUCUAAUAUUAGGUUUUGGUUGAAGAUAUGAUAACAUUCAGUAUCAAAAAAUAGAGAAAAUAUGAAAGGGGGCAAAUACUUUUUCAUGGCACUGUGUAGUAUAUUUGUGUUUGUUUGUAAGCUUUAUAACCUGCUUCAGUAAAUUUCAGGCAUGAAUAACAGUAUAACAGUGUGAUGCUCAUGUGGUAUUUCUGAUUUGAGAGCUCACACAAACAGUUUCUGAAGGUUCGGGGACUCGUAUUUCUGAUAGUUCUGAGAACACAGGUGCAGCACCAAUGGUCUCUGAAUAUUCUUAAAGCACCAGUAGUAAUUUCUGCAAAUCUAUGCUUUUGGACAGAGAUUGGAGACAUCGCCGGUGUGGCGGAUGUCACGAUCAGACAGUCGUACAGACUCAUCUACCCCCGCGCUGCCGACCUCUUUCCCCCUGACUUCAAAUUCGACACCCCCGUGGACAAACUGCCCCAGCUGUGAUGACCCGCUUGCCCCAACAACACUUUCUGCUGUACUGGGUUCUUUUUUUUAUUGAAUUGGAUUUCUACGAUUCUUUCCCCUUCUUUUCCCUUGUUAAUUAAGCCUUCGGGCCUUUGUGAAAGCACUUUUUGCAGGAAUACAGACAAGUACAGGACACACAUUCCAAUGCUUUUAGAAUUAAUUGCAAACUGUACAUACAGUAUUUCAUUUGAGUGUGUGUAUAUAUAUACUGUAUUUAUGUCCAAGUGAGAAAAUGUAAUUGGUGCUUGCAAUAUUAGGCUGGUUUUAUACUGUAUACACCUACUUUUGUAGGAAAUGAGCAGGUUACAUUUUGUUAGCUUGUUUGCAUUGUAUUAAAUUAAAUGCUUUUCUGAAAAGCAUGUUGAACAUCUCAUGCAUUGAAUAACAUUAAACUUUGUACGGAAUGUGUUUGCUGAGUGUAUUGACUCUAAUACUGCUUUUUAUUUUAUCAUUUGAAAUAUUAAACUUUUGUUCUAUUACUAGACAUAUGUUCCACUU